AUGGCGAGAACACCAGCCCUUAAUCCGCUCUCCCUCCAAACCCGCCUUACGCACCUUCUCAAGCACUGGCCCUCAGAUGCAGUCCGCCCAGCCUCAGUCUCCGUCCAGUCCUACAUUGAAUCGCGUCUCAAGUCAGCAGACAAGUCCGGUCCAGCAAUCUCCGAGUCCUCUGUGAAUGCGCUUGAAUCACUGCUAAACAACCGCUACGCGCGCAAAUACCCCAUGCCGGAAAAGCUGCGCCGGCCGGCCAGUAACCCAGACCACUAUGACAAUGUCGUACGUGAGUUUGCAGAGGCGCCAAACCGCGAUUGGUUUGGCCGGUUAAAGAAGAGAAUGGCCGGUAUUAUCCGCUUGACGUGA